AUGGUCCAAAUUCCAUCCCAGAUCUGUGCCUUCCCAUCUACUUCGUCACCCGACGUGGUAGUGGUGGGAGGCGGUGCAAGCGGUCUUGCCAUACUCCUUCAGUUGAUCGAGCGAGUCAAAAAUGGAGAAAACCUUGGUCAGGUGGUCAUCUUGGAGAAGAGUGAGAUUCCAGGUCCGGGCUUGGCCUAUUCAAAUGCCUGUGCCGGCACAUUUCUAAACAUGCACUCCGAUACUAUGGGAUUGUACUUCGACAAGCCCCUACAUUUUACUCAAUCUCGGGCAAGUUUGGAAGCCGGCCCGUUUCCUUCCCGUGAAAGUUAUGGCGAUUACCUCCAAGCAACUUGGUCUCAAGCCAUCGAGGAUGCUCAGCAGGAUGGGUUGAGCGUUUCCGUUAUUCACCAAGAGGCAAACGACAUCGACAGAUUGAAUGAUGGCGCGUUAUCUUUGACACUUGAAAAUGGAACACAGCUUGUAUCGCAGUCCGUUGUUUUGGCUCUGGGAAACUUUACAGCUCCCUGCAGCCCUCAUCUCAUCAAUCUCCCCGGCUUUUUCUCGAGCCCCUGGCCAUUAUCGAAGCUGAAGUCAAUUCCUCCUAGUUCCACAGUUCUUAUCGUGGGUUCCCGUUUGUCAGCUGUUGACACCGCGACCUACCUUUCGGACAAUGGCCAUCGAGGUGCGAUUACCUUCAUGUCACGCAGCGGCCGCCUCCCUAAAGUUCAGGGAAACCAGACUCCUUACCCGCGUCGUUACGCUCUGCAUGAACUUGCCAGACAGAUCGAAGCGAGUCCGGAUGAAGCUCUUGUUCAAGUGAUGAGCGGUCUUAUGGAGGAACUUUCGCAAGCUACAAACGGCGAUUGGAGUUGGAUUCUCGACAAUGAGUCUCCUAUGAAGCAGCUGCAACAGGAUAUUCAAGCUGCAAAGGACGAUCAAACUCAGUGGCAGGCAGUUCUGCGGGGUACGGCUCCAGUCAUUGAGCGGUAUUGGAACUGCCUAUCUUCAAAGAGCCAACGGCUCUUCAUGGAGAGAUAUUACAGCCUCUGGAUGAGGUUCCGUCACGCAAUGCCAUUGCAAAAUGCACAAAAGAUACUAAGGAUGCUGGAAAGCUCCCAGUUACGGGUGGCCCAAGGAGACUCGGUAUACUGGGAUGGCACCUUCAAAGCGCAGACUUCUGCUGGGCUCAUUGAGGCCGCAUACGUUAUCGAGGCAACCGGCCAAGAGUGUCGGCUCGACCGCAUUCAUUCCCCACUUAUACAGUCUGCACUGAAGAACAAUCUUAUUAAGACUCAUCCUAGUGGAGGAAUAGCUGUCAAUUUUGACAGUUUGUCGGCCUCACCGGGCCUGUAUGCCAUCGGGUCGCUCACUCGCGGUACACAUUUCUACGUGAGUGCCAUCGACCGUAUUGCAGCACACGCUGCUCGAAUUUCAUACGCCUUGACGCAGGAGCAUUGUGCCCGAUCUUUGCAUGUGGCUAUCUUUUGCGGAUCCGACCUUUUCUCUCAACUCAUGACAAGCAAUCUGGUUCCCCAGCUCCUUGCAGCCGGUCAUGUACCCUUCAUAUACUUACCAAAGCACAAGGCCAGCCGCAAAGCUUCUCAUUUUGAGCUCCGCGAAUUAGCAUUCUUCGAAAGAGAGCUAAUACAAGAACACGUCAUCCCUUAUUUCAAGAAUGAGAGUUCCGAAGGAGCCAUACAUAGAACAGUGCAGCAAAUGCGAAAUGCAUAUGGCAUCCUCGUGGAAGAGGUACCUGAUGUCAACAAAAUGUCUUUUAUCAAAAGCCUUGCCAAACAUCGCAUCGACGUGGGUCUGUCAUUACGAUGUUACCAGCGCUUCAAAACGGAGAUUAUACGCUACUUCUCCCAGCCUCGACGACUACUAAACCUCCAUCCAGGUACCCUUCCCGCCUAUCGCGGAGUCAUGACGACCGCCCGCGCCAUGAAGAACAAGGAAACUCACUUCGGUUAUUCGCUUCAUGAUAUCGACGAAAAUUGGGACUCAGGCGACGUCAUUGAUAUCCAGGAGCAUCCUAUCGACUAUUCCAAGUCAAUGCUGUCGUUCAUGGAAGAUGUAUAUAAUAUGGGAGUGAGAAUGGCUAUUGAUGCAAUCAAUAAAAUUGCCAGGGGGAAGGAGCUACCCAAAACGCCGCAGAAUGCCGAAGUGAGUGGAUACUACACGUUUCCAACGAAAGAAGAAUUGGAAGAUAUCCGUCAAAGCGGGAUUCGUCUGGUGGAUGCUGAGAGUAUUAUUAACAUCAUUGUUGAGUCUUUCGCGCCGUCGAGGGAACAGCACAAAUUCCGCACAUAUAUCCUGAGGGUUGUCCAAGAUUGGUACGAUCGGAACUCAACCUGA